CCUGCCCGGGCCAGAUUAAUAUAAUCCCCUCACUAGCCAGCUUGUUAAAUAGAAGAAAAACGGCAUAACAUCUCGUUAAAUGUUGUACAACCUGUUCUAUUUGGUACCAACUCGAAAUAUCCCUAACACAUGGACGAAUUUACUGCGAGAUGAAAGGAUGAAAUUGUUUUGAUUGUUAUUCUGUUAGUGGGUUGGGUUAUCUGAGCUAGCUGCUUGCUACCAACACGUUAGCGGCCACUAUCGCCUGCCUAGGCUACGAAAACGUUAGCUCCUAGCUAAACAACGAAUCAAGCGCUGGCAAAUCCAAAGUUCUUUGUUUCAACAAACUGCACCUUGAAGAGAAAAAUAUUAUCAAACUCAACGAGAUGCUGGCUGCAGGAUAGCUACAACUACCUACUCAGCUAUUCUUAUAGUAAGCUCACUGGAUGGAAAGCUUUUGCACGGGCACGCUUCCUUCCUGUAAGUGUUCACUUCUCCAUUCUUUAGCUGGCGCAAAUGGUGGACCCACUUCACGUCACGGAUAYCUCUUAUAAAAGACUUAAAAUACAUUUUUCUUGGCAAGGACACUGUUGCUACCAGCAUAGCCUCCUGGCCCUGGUUCCAAUUUAUGGGCGAGGCCAUGGAAGGACGCCUCUUCAACAGCGCCCAAGUUUUGGCAGUGGCAUCUUUGGCUGGUGAGGCUCCAGGUUCUUCCUCACCAUUAACCAACGAGAGAGGACAGGGGGUUGACGGUGKUGACAUUUUGGAGUUCUUGAUCAAAACUGAGAUGGAGGACAGUGUGGGGACAGAGAACUUGGAGGACAAUGCAACAGUUAACACUGAUGCAACUCAGACUGAGGGCCCUACUACUAUGGGCUGGCGAAGAAUUUCAGAAUGCUCGUAUAAAAUGACAGAGCAGGAGACGGAGAGAAUGAUAAAGCUGCGUGCCGUGAAUGAGGCUCUCUUCACAGGCAGAAAACAUACUGCCAAGCCUGCCUGGAGAGCUAUUUUGAAUGAGUUGGGCCUUCAGGGAAAGCUGACUACUGACCAGCUUGCCAAAAAGUGGGAUAACCUCAAGAGGCGAUAUAAGGAGUUGAAAUGUCCAGCCCGCAGCAUGGAGAGCAACCCAAAUUCCUGGCCCUGGUUCUACCGCAUGAAUGAUGCCAUGGAGGGACGAUUCGCCGGCUGUGCCCCCAUCCUGACGCCAGUAGUAGAGGAGGGUGAUGAGGAGUUUGAGCCCUCUCCACCACCAAGGAAGAGGGCUCGUCGGACGCCAGGGAGGGGGGGGAUGUCUGAGUUCUUGACAGAGUCUGAGAUGGAUGAGCUGGUGGAAACGGAGGAGAGGAAUGGAGCAGCCGUCUUCCAAGGGGCCACCAUAGGGGAGUAUCACACAGCCACAGAAUUCUCAUAUAAGCUGACUGAGGAGGACACCAAGAGAUUGAUAGAGCUGCGUGCUUCCAAUGAGGCUCUUUUCACAGGGAAGAGAAAUACUGCCAAGCCUGCCUGGAGGGCUAUAGUAAAAGAGAUGGGCCUCGCAGGAAAGUUGUCUGCUGACCAGGUUGCCAAAAAGUGGGACAACCUGAAGACAAAAUUCAAGGACUUGAAGUAUCCGCCGCGUGGCAUGGAGAACCAGAGCACCCCUGCCUCCUGGCCUUGGUUCCAACUCAUGAAUGAUGCCUUCGAGGGCCGACUGGCCGCGAGAGCCCCCAAAAUAACUCCCAUAUGGAUGAGCGAGGAAGACUACUUGUUUGUAUCCUCGCCAAUGCCUACAGAGAGAGACCUGUGUCCCAUGCCAGAAAGGAGUGAGAUUUCUGAGCUGGAAGAGGGAAUGAGACCAGAGGGGACAGAGGUGGAUGGAACGGUUACGUUCUUAGACGCCAGUGGAGAGGAGUGCCCCACACCUGUGGAAUUCUCCUAUAAAAUGACAGAGCAGGAUACGAGGAGGCUGAUUAAGUUGCGUGCGGCCAAUGAAGUUCUCUUCACUGGGAGGCGAAAUGCUGCCAAGGCUGCAUGGAAGGCCAUUUUAAAAGAGUUGGGUCUCCUGGGAAAGGUGUCAACUUACCAGGUGGCCAAGAAGUGGGACAACUUAAAAAGAAGAUAUAAGGACUUGAAGUACCCUCCUGUGGGCAUGGAGAGCAUAGCAGACAACGCUGCUUCCUGGCCAUGGUUCUACCUCAUGAAUGAGGCCAUGGAGGGCCGCCUUGCUGCCAGCGGACCUGUCCUGACCCCUAUAACGGAGGGUGAUGAUCCCGAGCCUUCCCCUUCACAGUCCUCUCGAAAUAGAGGAUGCCCGUUGCUGGAAAAGGAUGACAUCACACUGGAGUACGAACAAGAGAUUUAUGUGGACCCCACCAUAGAGGAGUGCCACCGGGCCACAGCGGAGUGCGAGAGUGCACUGAUAGAGGAGAGGUUGGGUAGGGGGCCAGCAGGGGGCACUGCUGCUCAGAAGUCUGUGACACUGGAGAGAGAGUGGGAGAUGGUGGAGAGGGAGAGGGCAGCGAUAGAGGGGGAUAGAGCGGCGGUAGACAGAGAGCGGCAGUGGCUGGAGAGCGAGAGAGCCAACUUGGCAAGAGACAGGAUGCUGUUGGAACAGGACAUGGCGGCAUUGGGUAGAGAGAGAGAGGCCUUUGAGAGCCAAAGGGCAGCAGUGGUGAUGAACAGUGCUACAGGGGUGCACACUGGACACGUCAACCACUGUGGGAUGGGGAUGUAGACUUAUGGUAUUAACUGCCUUGGAAGCCAAGGACUGAUUAAGAGCCUUCAAGUUAUUUAGAGAAGACUUUUCAGCAUGUUUUCACCUUAUUGGCUCGAGAUUAAUCAAAUCAAAUUUAUUUAUAUAGCCCUUCUUACGUCAGCUGAUAUCUCAAAGUGCUGUACCUAGCCUAAAA